UGCAUCCUGCGAAGGCGGGCCUUUUCGCCAAGACCCGCUUCUCUGCUACCUUAACUGGAGUUUUUUUUUUAAAUACUUUUUAAAAAUAUGAAUAUUCGGUUUUAUUGUAACACGGUUCAAUUUUAACUAGCCGCCGACCUCACCGACAACAGGGCCCCGCGGAGACAAGUUAGCAGAUUCGAGGCGAGGCGGGUAAACAGCCGGAGUAACGUUUUUUGGCCGCGUUCCCAUUCGUCUUUGUGUUUGUCAGUUAGCGCCGUGCCGCUCGGCUGCUUUCCUCCUCCUGUCGGCCGCAGACAGCCAGCCACGGAACCGCUUAUCCGUUAAAGGUGCGGUGCCUAUGGGUUCCAAACGGCGAAGGACCACUUCCCCCUCCAGUAGUAUCAGCGGAGGGGAUUUUGAUGAUAGCCAGACCUCCACUGGCCUGGGAAGUGGCCGAAAAAGGAGACGAGGUUCUGGCAUUCCUACUGUAGAUCCUAUUGCGGUGUGCCAUGAGCUGUACAACACAGUUCGGGAUUACAAGGAUGAUCACGGGAGACUGCUCUGUGAGCUCUUCAUCAGAGCACCAAAGAGAAGGAACCAACCUGACUAUUAUGAAGUGGUGGCCCAGCCCAUCGAUCUAAUGAAAAUCCAGCAGAAGCUGAAGAUGGAGGAGUACCAUGAUGUGGAUCAGCUCACUGCAGACUUUCAGCUCAUGUUCAACAAUGCCAAGACUUACUACAAGGCUGACAGUCCAGAGUAUAAGGCUGCCUGCCGACUCUGGGACCUCUAUGUGCGGACAAAAAAUGAGUUUGUGCAGCGAGGGGACCAUGAUGAAGAUGAUGAGGAUGGGGAAGACCUCCUUGAUAACCCUGGGACUUCUACAGAAGAGGAGGCCCAGUCUAGCUGUUUAAAAGAUGUUUUGGAACAGUUGCUUGAUGCAAUUGUUACAUAUUCUGAGCCCUCUGGGCGACUCAUCAGUGAACUGUUUCAGAAGCUGCCUUCCAAAGUGCACUAUCCAGAUUAUUACGCCAUAAUAAAGGAACCAAUAGAUCUACGGACUAUAGCUCAGAGAAUACAGAUGGGCUACUACAAAAAUAUUAGUGCCAUGGCAAAGGACAUAGACUUGUUAACAAAGAAUGCCAAAACAUACAAUGAACCUGGAUCACAGGUUUUUAAGGAUGCCAACACAAUAAAGAAAAUCUUUGCCCAGAAGAGAAGUGAAAUUGAACAUGCUGAACCAAUUAAAUCCAGCAUUCGAAUCAGAAACCGGAGGUCAGCCCAGGGGGAUCGCCUUUCUGGUGUAAACGUGGCUGCACAGUAUGGCCAAGACACCGAUGAGGAUACCCUUGGAGGUAGGAAUAGAGGUACUGUGCGCUAUGAUGAGGGUGAGUCAGAGGCAGAGAGCAUGCACUCCUGCAUGGAUGUGAGCAACCCCAUCUUCCAGAUGUAUGAAGCAGUUCGCGGUGGCAGGAAUAGCCAGGGUCAGCUCAUUGCCGAGCCUUUCCUGCAGCUGCCCUCCCGCAAGGAGUACCCUGACUACUACCAGCAGAUUAAGCACCCCAUCUCGCUGCAGCAAAUUCGGGAAAAGAUGAGGAACAAUGAGUAUGAAAACAUUGAACAAAUGGAUGCCGAUCUUACCCUGAUGUUUGAAAAUGCCAAGCGUUACAACAUGCCCAACUCUGCUAUUUACAAGCGUGUCCUGAAGCUGCAACAGAUUUUACAGAUAAAAAAGCGGGAUCUUUUGAGGAGAGAUGAAGAUGACGGUGACAGUAUGCUGUCUUCUAGCACUUCUGACAUUGGAAGCUCCAAAAGAAAGAGCCACAAGAAGAAUACAAAGAAGAACAGAAUGAAGAUGCUUUGCAAUGCAGUGAUGGAGGCUCGGGAAAUGGUGACAGGCCGCAGACUCUGCGAGCUCUUCAUGGUCAAGCCCUCCAAAAAGGAUUAUCCAGAUUAUUAUAAGAUCAUUCUGGAGCCCAUGGACCUGAGGACCAUCGAGCACAACAUCCGCAGUGAGAAAUACCUGAACGAGGAGCAAAUGAUAGAGGACAUGAAGUUAAUGUUCCGCAACGCACGUCACUACAACGAGGAGGGAUCUCAGGUCUACAAUGAUGCCAACACUCUUGAAAAAAUCUUAAAGGACAAGCGCAAGGAGCUGGGACCUGUACCUGACGAUGACGACGUGGGUUCACCUAGGUUGAAAAUAAGGAAAAGUGGCAUCUCCCCAAAGAAGUCAAAGUACCUUACACCGCUGCAGCAGAAGCUGAAUGAGCUGUAUGAAGCAGUAAAAAACUACACAGACAAGCGUGGUCGCCGCCUCAGCACAAUCUUCUUGCGGCUGCCCUCGCGUGCUGAGCUGCCUGACUACUAUAUCACCAUCAAGAAACCCAUUGACAUGGAGAAGGUCAGGAGCCACAUGAUUGCCAACAAGUACCAAGAUGUGGAUGCCCUGGUGGAGGACUUUGUGCUCAUGUUCAAUAAUGCCUGCACCUACAAUGAACCGGAGUCACUUAUCUACAAGGAUGCCCUAGUGCUGCACAAGGUCCUGCUUGAGACACGGCGUGACCUGGAAGGCGGGGAGGAUGCCCAUGUACCUAACGUCACGCUUCUCAUCCAGGAGCUUAUCCACAGCCUGUUUGUCUCCUUGCUCAAUCAUCAGGACGACGAGGGCCGCUGCUACAGCGACUCGCUAGCAGAAAUUCCAGCACGGGACCCAGGCAGCCCUGAUAAGCUACCCCUCAACUUUGACAUCAUCCGGUCAAAUGUUGAGAAAGGGCGAUACAAGAGGCUUGAUGUCUUCCAAGAGCAUAUAUUUGAGGUUCUGGAGAAAGCAAGAAGGUUACAUCGGACAGACUCUGAAAUCUUUGAGGACGCUGUUGAACUCCAGCAGUUCUUCAUCAGGAUUCGAGAUGAGCUGUGUAAGAACGGGGAGAUUCUGCUCUCUCCUGCACUGAGCUACACUGCCAAGCAUCUGCACAACGAUGUGGAGCGGGAGAAAAAGGAGAAGCUCCCUCUAGAGUUUGAGGAGGACAAACUGAAGCGAGAGGAAGAAAAGAGAGAAGCUGAGAAGAGUGAUGACCCGGCAGGAGGGGUGUGGCAAUCGGGGCUUCAGCGCACUUACAGCCAAGACUGUAGCUUUGAAGACAGCAUUUACCAUGUCGGGGACUAUGUCUUUGUGGAACCAGCAGAACCAAACCUGCAGCCACACAUUGUCUGUAUUGAGCGUCUUUGGCAGGAUAAUACAGGUGAAAAAUGGCUGUAUGGUUGCUGGUUUUACAGACCUAAUGAGACCUUCCACUUGGCUACACGAAAGUUCCUGGAGAAGGAGGUUUUCAAGAGUGACUGCUACAACAAAGUUCCUGUCAGAAAAAUAUUAGGAAAGUGUGUGGUUAUGUUUGUUAAGGAGUAUUUUAAGCUUCAACCAGAGGGCUUCAGACCAGAGGAUGUCUUUGUCUGUGAGUCUCGCUAUUCAGCCAAGACCAAGUCUUUUAAGAAGAUUAAGAUGUGGACGAUGCCAGUGAGCUCAGUGAGAUUUGUACCUCGGGAUGUACCACUUCCGGUGGUCCGAGUCGCCUCCAUGUUUGCCAAUGCCACCAGGCAUGAACAGGAGAAGCCACAAGAAGUGACUGAAUGUGAAAAAGGAGCUGACGAUUGCAGUGUCAUUGAUAAGGAGAGAGAGGAUGUUCCUGUAGAUGUGAGCAAUGGGGAACCAGGCUGCCAGUACUAUGAGCAGCUCCACUACAAUGGCAUGCGGCUGAAAGUUGGGGACUGUGUAUAUAUCCGCUCACAUGGGCUGGUGCGGGCAAGGGUGGGCAGGAUUGAGAAGAUGUGGGUGCGAGAUGGUGCAGCAUACUUCUUUGGACCCAUUUUCAUCCACCCAGAAGAGACAGAGCACGAGCCCACCAGAAUGUUCUACAAGAAGGAGGUGUUCCUGAGUAACCUGGAGGAAUCUUGUCCUAUGACUUGUGUCCUUGGAAAGUGUGCAGUUUCCUCAUUCAAGGAUUACCUGUCGUGCCGGCUGACGGAGAUGCCCGAGGGUGAUGUGCUAGUCUGUGAGAGCCGAUACAUUGAGAGCGAGAGACAGAUGAAGAAAUUUAAGGGCCUUAAGCGCUUCUCAUUGUCUGGCAAAGUGGUUGAUGAUGAGAUUUACUACUUUCGGAAGUUAAUCGUACCCCAGAAAGAGCCAUCUCCACUGCUGGACAGAAAGAUUCAAGAGCUGGAAGCCAAGUUUGCAGAAAUGGAGGAGUCAGGUGAAGACCUGGACGAGCAGGGAGAUGAGGAUGGAGAAAUAGUUGACCCUUCCUUAUUACCCCAGCUACAGACACCCCUAUCUGGUGACCUGGAUAUGAUGCCUUACACCCCUCCACAGUUGACACCAAAACUAAUUAAGGGCCUCUGCAAAAAAGAAGGAUCAAAACGAAAAAUCAACAUGAGUGGGUACAUCCUGUUCAGCAGUGAGAUGAGAGCAGUGAUCAAGGCCCAGCACCCAGAUUUCAGCUUCGGGGAGCUCAGCCGCCUCGUGGGGACGGAAUGGAGGAAUCUUGAGGCAAACAAAAAAGCUGAGUAUGAAGAACGGGCAGCAAAAGUGGUGGAGCAACAAGAGCGGGAAAGGGUGGCCCAGCAACAACAAGGCGCUUCCCCAAGAGCAGGUACCCCAGUAGGGGCGCUCAUGGGCGUCGUGCCUCCGCCAACCCCUAUGGGGAUGAUUAACCAGAACAUGACACCUGUGUCAGGCAUGAUGAGUGGUUAUGGCCCACCCAUAAUGCCCAUGCAGGGCCCUCUUGAAGGCAUGGUCGGUAUGGGCAGCAUGCCACCACAUCACAUGGGGGUGCCUGCGAUGCCCCACCAUUCUCCGCCUGGUGUGCCUGGGUUCCCUGGCAUGCCAUACCCGGGGGUAAUGGGGCCUGGCGUGAACACUAUGGCAGGAAGUCCUGCUGCUGGAAAUCACUAUGGACAACAGAUGGGCAUGCCAGCUAUGGGCCAGCAGGCCCCACCCCCUUACCCAGGACAAGGGCAGUUAGGCCAGCCUGCACUCCAGCAGCCUUCAACCCCCAUAUUUGUUGCUCCUCCCCCAAAGACUCAGCGUCUGCUGCACUCUGAGGCCUACCUGAAGUACAUUGAGGGCCUCCACACUGAGUCCUCCACCAUCACCAAGUGGGACCAGACCCUCUCAGCUCGUCGGAGAGAUGUCCGCCUGACCAAAGAGCAGGAGAGCCGCCUGCCAUCGCAUUGGCUAAAGAGCAAAGGAGCCCACAGUACAAUGGCUGAUGCACUGUGGCGACUGCGGGAUCUAAUGCUGCGAGACACGCUGAACAUCCGUCAUGCCUACAACCUUUAGGACAAUAGAGUAACCUGGCUCUUACAACCACGUUAUCAAGUUAAAAUACAGUGAGGAAAAAGUCACAGCAUUUUUAAAUUAUAUUUAUUUUGCCAUCGUUUUAUAAGAUAGUUUUUGUAUAGUGGAA